UAUGUAUUAUAUCAUUCUUUCAGAAUCCAUAUCAACUAAGUUAGCAUUCAAUGUCUAGCCAAGCCCACACGCAGUUCCUUGACAAAUGGCUAACUCUCUGCUCCGCCACAACCACCACGGCCACUGCCAAUUCCGCCGCUAAGACCACCGCACGAGCCAUUGUUCAAGCAUGGACCACGCUCCGUGACACUCUUCAAUCCCCUUCAGCUGAAGAGUCCCAGCAAUUGCACCAAAGCCUUCAAACCCUAGUAAAUUCCCAGUCCUCCCUCCACGUGGCAGAACCCCAAGCCAAGCUCCUCCUCGCUCUUCUGCAAUCCGCCACCUCACGUCGCUCCUUUCCCCUCCUCCUCACACUCCUUUACGUCUGGGUUCGAAAAUCCCCCAACCCCAAUCCCACAAUCGUUGAUUCCGCACUCGGAAUUCUCUCUUCAAAUGUCUCCGAUGAUGCCAUAUUCCCUGAAAGUCUUCUCCUUUUGGGCGCUUUCUCCUCAUCCCAUACCGUUUCUGAGAAAACCAAGACUAUUUGUUUGGACAUGAUGGUGAAACUGUUGGCGGGGGUGAACAAGGGUAAACUGUUUUCUGAAAUGCCGCGUGUUCUUGCUGGAAUUGGUUACGCUUUGUCGUCUUCAGUGACUGUUCACUGUGUGGAGAUGUUGGGUUUGCUGUUUAGGAUUUGGGGAAAGGGAGAGGGCUGUGUUGCUCAUGGACUCAUGGUUCUUUAUAUGUUUGAUUGGGUUGUGGAGAAUUUAGUUGGUUUUGGGUAUUCGGAUAAGAUAGGUGUUUUAGUUCGAGAAGGUUUCGGGAGGUUUAAUGAGGAACAUGCUUCGUUUGCGGUUUUCAUGGCCGCGGUUGGAGUGUUGCGGGCUUUGGAAAGAAGAGGAGUGGGAGCUGACCUUGUUUCUGGAAUGGGGGUGAAGGAUUGCGUGGUUGGUAGGACGGAAAGUUUGGUUAGUGAUUUGGUUUCGAGGAGGUUGAGGUUUGGUUGUAGUGGUGAUAAUGAGGGGGAUGUUGAGGAAGACAGGCUUUUGCUUCGGUGUGCGUCGUUAGGAUUGACUCGGACCGUAGCAUUUUCGGUACAUUCGUCUUUGUUUAUUUGUCUUGCUUUAGCGUUGCUGACUGAGAUAUUUCCUUUGCCGCGUUUGUAUCAAUCGGUGUUUGAGAAGUCGCGUGAGUCUGGUGGUGUGGAGCUUAAGGAGAUCAGAGAAAAUUUGAAUGGUGUACUGUUCAAGGAAGCAGGAGCUGUGACUGGGGUGUUGUGCAGUCAGUAUUCUUUAGCUGAUGAAGAAAGUAAGAAUGUGGUUGAGAAUCUUAUGUGGGAAUACUGCCGGGAUGUCUACUCUGGACACAGGCGAUUGGCUGUGAUGUUUAAGGGUGAGAAAGAUGAGUUGCUUGAAGGUUUGGAAAAAAUUGCAGAAUCUGCUUUUCUUAUGGUUGUGGUAUUUGCUUUGGCUGUGACAAAACACAAGCUGAACUCCAGUUUUGCUCAAGAAAUACAGAUGGAUGUGUCGUUGAAGAUACUGGUUUCAUUUUCUUGCAUGGAGUAUUUUCGCCACGUCCGUUUGCCAGAGUAUUUGGAGACCAUUCGCAAGGUGGUUGCAGGUGUUAAGAAUGAACAUGCUUGUACUUCUUUCGUGAAUUCCAUGCCCUCUUAUGCUGACUUGACAAACAGUCCAGACCAGAGAACCAAUUACAUAUGGUCAAAGAAUGAAGUGCAAACGGCCCGCGUUUUGUUUUGCCUACGAGUCAUUCCAACUUUCGUUGAAUGUUUGCCCAGUCUCGUAUUCAGAAACGUCGUAGCUCCAAUUAUGUUCUUAUAUAUGGAGCACCCAAAUGAUAAAGUAGCUCGAGCCUCUCAUUCUGUGUUCAUGACAUUUAUGACUAUGGGGAGGGAUUCUGAAAAGAAUGAUGAAGCUUCAUUGAAGGAGCAGCUUGUUUUCCAUUACAUGCAGAGAUCCUUAUUGGGAUAUCCUGGUGUUACUCCUUUUGAGGGUAUGGCUUCUGGGGUUGUAGGAAUGGUCCAACAUCUUCCUGCUGGAAGCCCUGCCAUCUUUUAUUGCAUUCAUAGUCUCGUUGAAAAAGCUAACGAGCUCUGUUCUGAAGUCUUCACUUACGAGACUGAUGCGUGGAAGAAGUGGCAAGGAGAGCCAGAACCAAGCAAGAAAUUAAUGGACCUUCUUUUACGCUUAGUUUUCCUUGUUGAUAUACAAGUCUUGUCCGACUUGAUGAAGCUGUUGGCACAGCUGAUCACCAAGUUACCACGUGAUGCACAGAACAUUGUUUUAAAUGAGUUAUAUUCACAAGUGGCUGAUUCUGAUGAUGUUGUCCGCAAGCCCACACUAGUUUCAUGGCUUCAGUCGUUAUCUUUCCUUUGCACAAAGGCCACAGAUCAAAAUGCAGCCAACCGAAAAAGUGAAACUGGAGGUAGUCUCAGUAUUGCAGAUCCAUCAAACAGCGGAAGAAUAACUGCACGACUUUAAAUACUGCAAACCACUGUGUGAAAAUUAUGCCCUUCAAAAGUUUUUAGUACUGGAACCAGAUGCUUGUUUGAUCGGCCUUUAAAGACCUGGGUCCAGGCGAGGAAAGCAACCGUUUUAAUCAAUAUUGUCUUUUGUCAGGGAAGAAAAAUGGCAGAUACAAAUCAAGAUUUGAGCUAAAUUGAAUGUCUGAUGAUAUGAACAAAGAACUGGAAGGACAUAUCAGGAAGAUUCAAAAUGUUUGAGAGGAAGAAGUGGAAACCUAUUUUAUGGGUACCACAGACACACCCACACUGAAUUUCCUGAUAACAGAAUUGCACUUGGCAGGAUCAACAGCUACCCCUUGGCCAGAAAUGACUUGUUCUAGAUAUUCAAGGCUUCCCUUCCCAAAAUAACAUUUCUUCUUGUUCACCAAUAAGCCAUGUUUUCUUAGAGCAUUUAGCACAGUCCUCACAUGCUCAUAAUGACAAUUCAUAGUCUUGCUAAAAAUAAGGAUAUCAUUAAAGAACACUAAAGCAAACUUUCUCAAAUAUGGCUUAAGCACUUGAUUCAUGAGAGCUUGAAAUAUGGAUGGGGCAUUAGUAAGCCCAAAAGACAUGACCAGAAGCUCGUAGUGGCCUUCUUGGGUCCUGAAGGCUGUCUUAGGGACAUCUUCUCUUAAGUGAAUCUGGCGAUACCCGACUCAAGGUGUAGCUUAGAAAAAAACAUGGGCUCCUCCCAACUUAUCUAUAAGUUCAUCUAUUAUUGGUAUUGGAAAGUUAUCUAGUACUAUAAGUUUAAGACACGAUAAUCAACACAAAACCUUUAUCUUCUUUCUUCUUUACUUUAGUCAAAAGAAUUUUUAAAGGUC